AUGAAGCUCGUCUUGGUGACAUUCCUUUUGUUUCUCUUGUUCUCAGCUCAUUUCUUUGAGGAGUCAAUGGCAGGUUACUGUGCCUACAAGUGCAAGGCAAGGUGCUCUAAGGCAGAGUUUAAGGAGAGGUGCAUGAAAUCCUGUACAAUUUGCUGUCAGAAAUGCAGUUGUGUUCCAUCUGCGGUUACUGAGAACAAGCAUGAAUGCUAUUGCUACAGGGACAUGAAGAACUACAAGGGAUUGUCUAAAUGUCCUUAAAACUGGGGUUUGUUUUGCCUUU